CUGAUUAUAAGCUGGUCGCGAUUUCAUCAGAAGAAUAUGUAUGCAUACGUGACUCUCUCACGUAGAAAGAAAUUUUUUCCAUAUUCACGCUAGUUAGUUAAAAGCGUGGGGAGAGCAACUAGCAUGGUGCAAUAAGUGGACUUGCUUUCGUCUGGUCAGUCUUAAUUCAGCUUUUGAUCGAGUCAGUUCGCCCAAUCGUUCGUAGUGAUUUUUUGUGCCAAGUGCUGGCAAUUUAACUUUUACACUUCUCGCUUGUUAUUUGCUGAAAACAAAUUUCUCUGUCAGAUAGAGCUUUAAAGCUCGUCACGCUUUGCGUUACAAUUGUGUUGAUAAACAAAGAUUAGAAGUGAUAGUAUUAAAGAGAGAUAGUAUUAGAAAAUUGUACUUAAUUGAUUGCUAAUAGUAUUACUCUACGAAAUAAGAAACUGCAGUAAUUAUUUAAGAGAGAUUAUUUUAUAUAACACUUUCACGACAAGUCUCAUUGGAGAAAAGGAACAUAAAGUCGCGGAAGUAGACUUGCCGUCGAGGAAGUAUGCCAAGCAGUAAGACAAGAAUCGCUAUUGUGGGCGGUGGAGUAGCUGGUUUGGUGGUGCUUCGUCAUGUUCUAUCCAAGUUGGAUACUUACAAUCCCACCCUGUUCGAACAGACCGAUCAGAUCGGUGGUACGUGGGUUUAUACCGACGAAACGGACGUCGACAAGCACGGAUUGAUGAUCCACAGCAGCAUGUACAAGAAUCUUAAAACAAACUUGCCGAAAGAAGUGAUGCAAAUACCUGACUUUCCCUUUCGGGAUCAGGAGGGUCCGUCUUUCGUUCAUCACAGCGUGAUACGGGAAUAUCUCUUGGACUACGCUAACCAUUUCGAUCUCCAUCCGUACAUUAAACUCAGCACAUUGGUGAAGCACGUGGAGCCGGAAACUCUGAAAAACGGUCAAACAUUAUGGACGCUGACGUACGUGGAUCUAGAGACCAAAGUAGAAACCACGAAAACCUUUGACGCCUUGGUUCUGUGCAAUGGUCAUUACACUGUCGGUCAUGUUCCGCAUAUUCCAGGUAUCGAUAGUUUCCGCGGUAAAUGCAUCCACAGCCAUCAGUACAGAAUGCCGGAGAUUUUUGCCGGUCAGAAGGUCUGCAUACUCGGCGCGUCCUGGUCCGGCAUCGAUAUCGCCCUCGAAGUGUCGGAAUACGCUGACAAAGUGUAUCUGAGCCAUAAUCUGUCGGAAGUCGACUCGAAGCUGCCGAGCAACGUCGAGCAGAGACCCGGAAUCGAAUCCAUCAAAGAAAACGUCUUCAUCUUCCGCGACGGAUCCACGGAGGAAGUGGACAGUUUCAUAUAUUGCACUGGUUACGAGUUCACGUAUCCCUUUAUGUCGGCUAAAGUUGAGAUACGUACGAACGAUAACCACGUCGAACCAAUUUACAAGCAAUUCGUUCACAUGGAUUACACAAAUUUGUUCUUCAUGGGUUUGCCAGCGUAUGUGGUGCCGUUCCCGAUGUUCUAUAUUCAGGCGCAAUACAUUCUCGGAAUUCUCGAAGGUCGCAUUCAACUGCCGUCGCCGCAACAAAUGCGCAAGGAAUUCGAGGCCGAGAAGCAGUCCUUGGUGGACCAAGGCAUUCCGCUGAGAUACAUCAACAAGCUCAAAGACAAGCAAUGGGCUUACUAUGAUGAAAUAACGGCCGCUGCUAAGAUACCGAGUUUCCCGCCGGUGAUCAGGAUGAUCUACGACCACGUCAGUAAAAUGCGCGAUAUUAACUUCACUACUUACAAGAAUUACAAAUAUCGCAUCAUCGACAGCGAGAAUUUUAGCGUGUGUUAUUACAAGCCUUGUUAGGGUUUACGCAAAGAAGAUGUAAAAAGCGAAUGUAAUCUUAUCGCAAAAUAAGUUACAUGGGUUCAAAAGAGCUUCGACGAGCAGUGAUGAAAGAUUUGACCGGCCAGCACCAAGAGUGGGAGCCACUGGGAGACGCACACAAGCGAGAACCGCCGU